CGCCCCGCACCGCCGCACCCCAGGAGAGCUCACAGAGGAGGGAUUGCCUGGACCCCCGGCACCCCCCACCCCGGUGCAGCCCGGGAUGCUGCGCGGUGCUGAGCACUGAGGGGCACCAUGGGGAGCGCGGCGUAGCCCCCGCCGUGGCCUCCCGCCGUGGCCCCCCCGCCGUGGCCCCCGCGUGGCGCCGGAGCCCCCCCCCCGGUCGGUGCUGAGCGCUCCUUGAUGGAAUUGCGGUGAAUGGAACAGAAGCCCAGCACCCUGGACCCGCUGUCGGAGCCAGAGGACACCCGGUGGCUGGAUGGGAAGCGCAAAAGAAAGAGCAGCCAAUGUUUGGUGAAGAGCAGCAUGUCAGGGUACAUCCCUAGUUACCUGGACAAAGAUGAACAGUGCGUGGUGUGCGGGGACAAGGCCACCGGCUACCACUACCGCUGCAUCACCUGCGAGGGCUGCAAGGGAUUUUUCCGUCGGACCAUCCAGAAGAACCUGCACCCCACCUACUCCUGCAAGUACGAUGGGUGCUGCGUCAUCGACAAGAUCACCCGCAACCAGUGCCAGCUCUGCCGCUUCAAGAAGUGCAUCUCCGUGGGCAUGGCCAUGGACUUGGUGCUGGAUGACUCCAAGCGGGUAGCGAAGCGGAAGCUGAUCGAGGAGAACCGGGAGCGGCGGCGGAAGGAGGAGAUGAUCAAGUCGCUGCAGCAUCGCCCCAACCCCAGCGCCGAGGAGUGGGAGCUGAUCCAUGUGGUGACAGAAGCCCACCGCAGCACCAACGCCCAGGGCAGCCACUGGAAGCAGAAGCGGAAAUUCCUGCCCGAGGACAUCGGCCAGUCCCCCAUGGCCUCCAUGCCCGACGGGGACAAAGUCGACCUGGAGGCGUUCAGCGAGUUUACAAAAAUCAUCACCCCGGCCAUCACCCGCGUGGUCGACUUUGCCAAAAAACUGCCCAUGUUUUCGGAGCUGCCUUGCGAGGACCAGAUCAUCCUGCUCAAGGGGUGCUGCAUGGAGAUCAUGUCGCUGCGGGCGGCCGUGCGCUACGACCCCGAGAGCGAGACGCUGACGCUGAGCGGGGAGAUGGCGGUGAAGCGAGAGCAGCUCAAGAACGGCGGCCUCGGCGUCGUCUCCGAUGCCAUCUUCGACCUGGGCAAGUCCCUCUCUGCCUUCAACCUGGACGACACCGAGGUGGCCCUGCUCCAGGCCGUGCUGCUCAUGUCCUCAGACCGGACGGGGCUGAUCUGCGUGGAGAAGAUCGAGAAGUGCCAGGAGACGUACCUGCUGGCCUUCGAGCACUACAUCAACUACCGCAAACACAACAUUCCCCACUUCUGGCCCAAGCUGCUGAUGAAGGUGACGGAUCUGCGGAUGAUCGGCGCCUGCCACGCCAGCCGCUUCCUGCACAUGAAGGUGGAGUGUCCCACCGAGCUCUUCCCACCCCUCUUCCUCGAGGUCUUCGAGGACCAGGAGGUGUAGGGCUGACACCCCCCCACCCCGGGUCCCCCCAGCCCUGCUCUGGCCCCCCCCCCCCCAAAUCUUUCUCGUCCCCCUGUAAGGACAAGGGGAUGCUGCGCCCAGGGCGGGGGUCCCGCUGUGCCCCCCCACGGCCACCCUGCCCCCCCCGCCCCAGGACUUGACGAAUUUUGUUUGUUUGCACAGGGAAGGGCCCCGACGGUCGAGCGUUCCCUUUAUUGUCCUUCUCUUCGUAGAUUAUUAUUUUUUAAGCAUUUAUUUCCCUCCCUGAGAGGCUAAAAUAUUAAACUAACUGCACUUUGGAA